AUGUCAGCUCGCGCCCCCUAUGUCGUGCCAGCUCUGAAAAAGCACACCGCAACGGUUAUCAUGGCCCAUGGCCUUGGUGACAGCGGCCAAGGAUGGACGUCCCUUGCCCAGAACUGGCGCCGCCGCGGCAAGUUCGACGAGGUCGCUUUCAUUUUCCCCAAUGCGCCCGAUAUCCCGAUCACAGUGAACUUUGGCAUGGCUAUGCCUGGAUGGUAUGAUAUUGCUAAGCUCGGCGGCGAUCUUAAUAUCGACGAAUCCGUCCGAUCCCAAGACGAACCCGGUAUCCUCCGUUCCCGCGAAUACUUCAAUGGCCUUAUCAAGGCAGAGGUUGAGAAGGGUAUCAAGCCAUCGCGUAUUGUGCUGGGUGGUUUCUCACAGGGUGGUGCUAUGUCUGUCUUCUCCGGAUUGACCUGCAAGGAAAAGCUGGGUGGUGUCUUUGGACUCUCAUGCUAUCUCCUUUUGAGCGAUCGCAUUAAGAACUUUAUCCCCGAGCACUUCCCGAACAAGCAGACUCCUUUCUUCUUGGCUCACGGACGGGAGGAUGGCGUUGUCAAGUAUGAGAUGGGUGAGAUGUCGUCGAAGGCUGUUAAGGACCUGGGCGUUGAGAAUGUCUCUUUCAACACAUACCCCGACCUCGGACACUCGGCGGAUCCUGAUGAAAUUGAUGAUCUGGAGAAGUUCUUAGAGAAGACCAUUCCUGCUGAGACUGCUGCAGGCUUAUGA